AUGGGAGACCUCUUUUCCUUAUUUUGGGAGGUAGAUCCUCCCCCCAUACCUUUAAGUCUUACCAUUCCAAACCAGGAUGCUGAGUGCCGGAAGGAUGACUCUUGUGGGACGAUAGGGAGCUUCCUGCUUUGGUAUUUUGUUGUUAUCUUGGUCCUGAUGCUCUGCUCACGGGCUUCUAUCUGGAUGUCUGAGUAUAAAAAGGAUGAAGACCGUGGGACAAGUGCUUCCGUAAGUAAAGCAAGCAAAGAUCCUUACUAUAAGCGGCAAAACAAAGAUGGUCCCUGGGACUCUUCACAAAUGAUGAAGAAACCAAAGCAGAACCAGUUCACCCCUGUAACUGACUCAGAAGUGGCUUUGAUCAAUGCCUAUCUUGAACAAAAACGAGCCAAGCUCCAUUUUCAGUUCAACCAGGUGAAUCAGAACCAUCGUGAUAGCGACACCAGUGAGUGCGACACUGAAGAGUCUAACUCGGGAGCCUCCUCGUGGAAGGAGAGUGAAAGUGAACACCAGCCGUCACCAUCCAGUGUUAUGAGGAGAAAAAUAGCGCAGAGGCAAGGGAGUCUGGUUGGUUACCAAAUCCGGGAGAGGCCCUGCCUCCACUGCAAGGCCAUGAGGACCAAUGAAUGGUUGACACGCCAUUUCCUACAAAACACUUCGAUAGCAACCCCCAUGAAGGGAGAUACUCAAGAGGAAACGUCUACCCCUGAAAUUAACACAAAAUUCAGUAAAUUUUGAAUUCUAUCAGAUCCUUAUUUUACUGGAAGCCAAAUGAAAGAGAUGAAUAAAACAUGAAAAAUCACCACAGUCAUAGGUGGGGAGACUUGCAAUAAAGUCUCUCUACUAACAACAAAAUCAUACUUGAAACCCAAGAGGUAAAAUCUCAGACAAUUCCUUGUUCCAAAAAAGGCCAACAAAUUUGUUCAUGGCACCAUUGGAACAUCAAAAAUCUGCUUCCACUAUGAUUUAUUUUUAUUUAAAAGAGCCCAAGAGAGAUAUUUUAUGCCU